AUGCGCUUGCGUCGCCCAAGCCGGUCACGGUCGCCUCGCGGGAGGGGCCCCAGCCGCGACGGCAAAGACGCCAAGGCGAAUGGGGAUCGCCCGCAGAGCCCCAAACCAGCAAAGGAGGUUGGCGCUGACGGAGGCGCCACACGCCUGGUGGUGGGCAACUUGACUCGCAACGUAACAGAAGACCACAUUCGGGAGAUUUUCAGCUGUUAUGGCGUGCUCAAAUCCGUUGAACUGGCGAUGGACCGGGCCGUUAACUUGCCGCGUGGCUUUGCUCACGUGGAAUACGAAAGCCACGAGGAUGCGGAGCGUGCGCUGGAUUUCAUGAAUAAUGGACAAAUCGACGGCAAUGCGGUCAGGGUAAACUUUGUUAUCCUCCCGAAGAAACGCUCGCCGCCACCGCCGCCACUUCCGCCGCCACCGGGGCGUGGGCCGUCUCCACCACGGCGUGGUGGCAGUCCGCCCCGCCGCGGCGGGCCCAGCCCCCCACGCCGGGGAAUGAGCCCGCCUCGGAGGGCGCUGAGCCCGCCGCGUCGGGGAGGGUUCGCCGGUCCGAAGGCCGCGCAGCCGCAGUCCUCCGCCGCGCGGCUACCAAGGGGGCAGGCGGCCCCUCUCGCCGCCGCAGCGACGGGGAGCUUCACCGCUGCGGCGAAGGUCUCCGCCGCGUCGCAGCCGCAGCCCGCCGCGCAGGUCCUCACCGGGGGGAGGAAGGCGGCGGCCGCUGUCAUCACGAUCACGGUCGCGCUCGCCGGCGGUUGGACCGAGGGUAGGGUGGACGCGUACCGUCGCCUGCACGGCGGCCUGCUCGCGGGCGUAGCAGCAGCUCGGACCGGUCAACGAGCAGCAGUCCGAGCAGGAGCUCUUCAUCGACGUCGUCGUCCUCCAGUGCCUGUUGAACGCAUUCGGAACUUCUCCAUCAUCGCACAUAUUGACCAUGGAAAGUCCACGUUGGCCGACCAGCUGUUGUUGAAGACGGGGACAGUGGCCGCGCGUGACAUGGUGGCCGCGGCCUCUUCCCGCCGCCCGCCCGUGCUGAGCAUGUCUUUCUCCCCUGAGUACCCGGGUCGCAUUGGGGAGGAGCAAUUCAUGGACAGCAACGAAAUUGAACGCGAGCGAGGCAUCACCAUCAAACUCAACACUGCGCGUAUGAAGUACCGCAGCAAGCGGGACGGCGAGCUGUACGCGCUGAACCUCAUUGACACCCCCGGACACGUGGACUUCACAUAUGAGGUAUCUCGUUCCCUGGCCGCCUGCGAGGGCGCGCUGCUGGUUGUGGAUGCCAGCCAGGGGGUGGAGGCGCAGACACUGGCCAAUGUGUGGCUGGCCCUGGAGAACGAUUUGGAGGUCAUACCCGUAUUGAACAAGAUCGACCUGCCGGGCGCUGACCCAGAUCGGGUCGUUCGCGAAAUCGAGGACAUCAUCGGUUUGGACUGCUCCAACAUCCUCAAGGUUUCGGCCAAGAUGGGUAUCGGCAUCGAGGAGACGUUGGAGGCCAUUGUGUCGCGUGUUCCCGCACCCAGGAACACCACCGCUGACCCCCUCAGGGCGCUCAUAUUCGACAGCUACUACGACCCAUACCGGGGGGUGGUGUGCCAGUUCAAGGUGAUGGAUGGUAAGGUUUCCCGCGGCGACGUCGUUCAAAUGAUGAACACGGGCAAGGAGUACCAACUGGACGAGAUCGGGGUGCUGGCACCGCACAAGGUGCAGGUGGAUACCCUGUACUGCGGCGAGGUGGGCUACCUGGCCGCCCAGAUCAAGUCCGUGCAGGACGCCCGAGUGGGCGACACGGUGACCCAGAAGAAGCAGCCCGCCGCCACCCCCCUCCCUGGAUACCAGGACAUUCAGCCCAUGGUGUACUGCGGACUGUUCCCCACGGACACCGACGACUACCAGGACCUUCGCGAGGCUCUUGAGAAGCUGCAGCUGAACGACGCGGCGCUCAAGUUCGAGCCCGAGGUGAACAACGCCAUGGGCUUUGGCUUCCGUUGCGGCUUCCUGGGUCUGCUGCACAUGGAGAUUGUCCAGGAGCGGCUUGAGCGCGAAUACAACUUGGAUCUGAUCACUACGGCGCCCACGGUGGUGUACCGCUGCAAGACCACUGACGGCGAGGAGUUUCAAGUCAACAGUCCUGCCGACCUUCCCGACGCUUCCCGGCGGGAAUGGAUAUCCGAGCCGUACGUCCGCCUGGAGAUGGUGACCCCCACUGAUUACGUUGGCAACCUCAUGGAGCUGGCUAAUGGGCGGAGAGGCGAGUUCGUCGAGAUGCGGUACCUGACAGACAGCCGCACCACCCUAGUGUUCAACAUCCCCCUGGCCGAGGUGGUCACCGACUACUUCGAUCAGCUCAAGAGCCGGUCCAAGGGAUACGCCAGCAUGGAGUACAAGAUCACGGGAUACAGAGAGAACGACCUGGUGAAGCUGGAGGUGAAGAUCAACGGGGAGCCGGCCGACCCGCUGUCCGUCAUCUGCCACCGCGACAACGCCUACCGCACGGGCCGCCAGCUGACCUCCAAGUUGAAGGAGCUCAUUCCCCGGCAGAUGUUCAGGGUCCCCAUUCAGGCGUGUAUCGGCACCAAGGUCGUUGCCAGUGAGGCCAUUGCCCCCUACCGCAAGGACGUGCUCGCUAAGUGCUACGGAGGGGACAUUAGCCGGAAGAAGAAGCUGCUGCAGAAGCAGGCGGAGGGAAAGAAGCGGAUGAAGGCCCUGGGCAAGGUGGAGGUGCCCCAGGAGGCCUUCAUGGCCAUCCUCAAGAUCGACCGGGAGUCCAAGGAAGAGUAG